AUGAUGGCUCCUGCUAGUAAAGCAAAAGCAGCGGGGGUCAGCGCUUCCUCGUUUUUCGACCUCAAAGCUCAGCUCGCUAAACGAGAAGAAGAGGUCUUAGAGAACAAGGCUGCAGGUAAGGUUGCGGCGGGCGCUGUUCAGCGGCGGGAUAAGAAAAUAUCACAAUGGGCCCGCCAAAACAAGGGCGUCAAGUCGCGCGCCGCUCGAGAUAUUGAACUGGAAGCGGUCGAUGAGCCAACUUUGGAGUCUGCACGCGCCGCUCUCGAGCGAAAAGCGAAGAUUUACGACAAGUUGAUGAAAGGGAAGUCUGGUGGACUCACAGACAAACAAUUUGACAUGCUCUUAGUCGACUUCGAUUCUAAACCUAUGGCAAAUUUCGGAUCCGACAGCGAGGACAUAGAUGAAUCUUUGACUGUACCCGAACCAUUAGAUGAGGCUGAUCCAGUCAUCGAAUAUGAAGAUGAAUUUGGUCGGAUGCGCACAGCGCCCCGUUCUGAGGUGCCGCGGCAUCUAUUACCUCGUAAUGUGAAGGGUGGAGAUGGUGACGGUGACGAAGGAUAUGUCAUAGAGAAUCCCGUCAAUUUCUUUCCUGUCUACGAGCCUUCUGCCGAACGCACUGCAGCCAUCGACGAAGCUCUAGCAGAAGGGAAUAAACCACUAAAUACUCAUUAUGAUUCGACGCGUGAAGUGCGUGCUAAGGGAGCUGGGUUUUACCAGUUUUCCGCAGACGAAGAAACCAGGAAGAAGCAGAUGGAGGAGCUGCUUGCGGCGAGAGGGGAAACAGAGCGGAACAGGGAAGACUUGGGGGCUGUUGACUUGAAACCUGGAGAGGUGGAUGGACUGCAGGCUAGUGGUCACGGACUGAAAGGUCGAGCUACAGAGAAGCGGAAGAGGGAAUUGGAGGAACGGAGACUGCUGCUGGACGCGAAGAGGCGGAAGGGGAAAGGCAAGGCGGAGGACCAGAGGCUCUCUCAACCAAUACCUCCUUCACCAUCCAUGGACGAGGGAACGAAACCACCAACGGUCACUGACCCUUUCGUAGCCUUGGAGGCCCAGAGGCCCAAACCAUAUGGCAGCACCGCCGGAUCAAUCGACACUGAUGCCUUCCUGGCUGAUAUAGAACAAACCAUCUUCAAAGGACGAAGACCAUCAUAGGACUUUAUUUGAGUAUCCCGCUUGGUGCAUCUACGACAUUAUGCGACACCUCACCAGCCUCACAAUCCACGCCCGCUUCGUGGAAGCUCCGCCAGUCCCGCAUACUUUUCUUCAAACCUAUCAUGACUCCUCUGGUAAUCGUCAGUAGGAGGUGUAUCAAGUUGGCAAUGAGUGGUAUCAUGUAUGGGACAGAGCUGAGAAUAUGUAACAUGUCUCGACGCCUACGGUAGGACGUUCGUUAAUAGCGGUGAUCCAGUACGGGUCGACAUUAGGGACUAUCGCACACGUUCUCAUAC